AUGAAAUAUUUCAUUACGCCACUGAAAAUCUUUCAUCGAAAACAUAAAACCCAUCACCGAAAAACCAGAACGAAAUCUCAUAGGAUAAGUUGUAGGUUGACGUUAAGAGUAAAACAAAUAAACUUGAAACUGAACUCCACACUCCAAAAAUCUUUCAACGAUCAUGAAAAGGCGAGUGAAAAAGAAAUAACAUGGGUUGACACAUCUAACUAUGGUCGUAACUACAUAAAAGUCCAGCAACAACAUCAACAAUCACAUUUUCUGAUAUUCAAGUCAACUAUAAAAUAUAAGACCGAUGAAACAUAA